GGGUGCAGGUGGUGGGGGAGAUGGCACAGGCUCUGUGGCCCCCGGCACUGCUGGGAUGGAUGAGGACACCCAGAGGGGACUUUUCCUGGAGGAGAAGAGGAGCACUAAGGAGCUGAGUGCUUGUGCAGGAGAAAUCCCUCCAGUGCUGCGGAAGAAAACUCGUGCAGGGAGCUGAUGCCUUGAAGAAGCUUCUUGCUCUCUCGUGAACUUUGGAAGUUGGGGGACGUCGCCGGGACGGGGAUCUGCCCCGUCCCCUCCUUCCCCUUCACGUGCGCCCCGUGAAUGCAAGAGCUGCCGAUGCAACAAGGCAUGGCUGAGGGGUGGCUGAGCCGCCUGCAGCCAGGAAAGGACAGAGGGCAGGAAGGCGGCAUGGGGGACUCGGAUGACCUGGAUGACAGCCUGACCAGCCUCAUGUGGCUGCAGGACUUCUCAAUCAUCAAUGCCAGCAUGGGCAAGUCCUCCUGUUGCCCCAGCGGCCCAGACCCCCACGACUGUCACAGGAUCCCCAGCUUUGCCGCCCCGUGCUCGCCCCUGGCUGCCGACCCGGCGUGCAUGGGCAUGCCCCACACUCCCUGCAAGCCCAUCUCCUCCUCCACCUCAAGGACGGCGCACCACGCCGUGGCCAUGCACCCUCAGCUCGCAGAGGACAUCGACUACAAGAUCAACCCACACGUCAAGCCGCCCUACUCGUAUGCCACCCUCAUCUGCAUGGCGAUGGAAGCCAGCAAGAAGCCCAAAAUCACCCUCUCCGCCAUCUACAAGUGGAUUACCGACAACUUCUGCUACUUCCGACAUGCGGAUCCCACCUGGCAGAACUCCAUCCGGCACAACCUCUCCUUGAACAAGUGCUUCAUCAAGGUGCCCCGGGAGAAGGGUGAGCCAGGCAAAGGUGGAUUUUGGAAGCUUGACCCCCAAUACGCUGACCGGCUCAAGAACGGUGCCUUCAAAAAGCGGAGGAUGCCCCCAGUGCAGAUCCACCCGGCCUUCACCAAAAGAGCCCAGCAAGAAGCACAGUGCGUCGCCAGCCCGGCCGCUUUGGCUUGCACCUCCAAUAAUGUCCUCAAUGUCAACGUGGAGUCGCAGCAGCUGCUGAAAGAGUUUGAAGAAGUCACCGGCGACCAGAACUGGAAUCCAGCAGAUGGCAAAGCAGGGCACAAGCGCAAGCAGAACCCGCCCAAGCGAACGGCCAAGGCGUCUCGGCUUUCCAACUCUCCCUUGCUGACCCAGGAAGAGCAGACCGAGCUGGGAUCGCUGAAAGGUGACUUUGACUGGGAAGCCAUCUUCGACACCAACCUGAACGGAGACUUCUCUACUUUUGGGGAUCUGGAGCUCACGCCUCCAAUCAGCCCCAUAACACGCGACCUGGACUUGACGGUACAUGGGCACCACAUUGACUGUCCCCCAGGGCAGGAGCAGGUCCUCACUGAAUCUAACCAGAACAACCUGGACUUUGACGAAACCUUCAUGGCCACUUCUUUCCUGCAGCAUCCCUGGGACGAAGGGACAAACGAUUACCUCUCCAACUCCGUCAACAUGGAGCAGUUGUUUGAACUCAACGACACCUCUUUGCCAGCAGAUGUGAGCGACUGGAGCAGUCUGGCGUCCCUCUUAUAAAAGGCCAGUCACCAUUCAAAGCCCACACAGACUUUAGUAGGAUGCUCCCCCCAUGCUGCUGGGACUUACAAGGGACAAGAUUUUCUAGAGACAGACAGACAUCCACAAUGAUUUUUACCAGCUUCAUUGUAAGAUUAUUCACAGAAACACCGGGGGGAGAAAAAAACACCACCACAGGAACUGCUUGAUAUAUCUUUAAAGGACACAUCAGAAGUCUCUAGUCCAUGAGUCUCCUCAAGAGAAGAAAUAUAACACUACUUAUUUUUUUACUUUUAAAGGAAGAAAUGUGAAUUAUCAUAUUUUUUUUUUCCGUGGAAAUGGACACGGCAUAUGUUCCUUCAGGGCUAAAGGAGAGCACCUGCUAAAUCCCAUCCAAGACAUGAGAUUCCUGGUGGCUUAGGACUCGAUAGACUAAGUGCAAUUUCCUCACCCCUUCAUCUCUCCAUUUCUCUCUCUCUUUCCUUUUUCUGUCUAGGGUAGUUGGUAGAUAUAGUGUGAUAAUUAGCUAGCAAGCAAAUAGAGGUCCCUUCUGGAUUCUCUGAGUUCAACCUCCCUCCUGACUUGUGCCUAGGGAAGAAGAAAAGGUUUAUAAAUUCAGCAAGUCUGCCUCUUUAGAUGUUUUUAUAUAAUCUAUUAUAUAUUAUAUAUUCAAAGAAACCUAUAUUUUUAGCACUAGAAUUUCUUAAUAGUGGGGGGAUAGGGG